AUGUACCUCAAGAUGGUCUGUUCAGGAAUGCCUUGGACCAUCAUCUCCGGCAAUGAAAGCACACUCAACGCUGGCAGCUACGCGUAUUCGACGAUGUUUCCAAACGCCAACUCGGGGUUCACGUGGGAUAUGCGACCGUGGAUGAUCGCUGGAGUGACGCUGGCCGUGUCUCAAGACUUGCUGGCCCCGUUGAUGGCGGAAUGUGAGGCGGUUGGCUUCAACGUCAAGCCGACAUUCUUUGAACAUGACAACUUCACCGAUACUUGGUCAAACCGCUUUCCCGAUGAUCAGGUGGGCAAUGCGGUUGUGUUGACUGUCUCGCGACUCUCCCGGGGGAACUGGGUGAACCCCGGUCUUCUCAACACCACCGUCGACACGAUUGGCGACAUCCUCGACAAGGGCUCAUCGCUAUCCCGUACAGCAUCAACGGAGCUGCCCAGGACGAUGCGCCGGCUAAUGCCGUCGCGGCGAGACGCCUACAUGUGUGCGAUCGUCGGCACCAUUUGGGUCGCUGAUGCUUCAGCAACCGCGAUCGAGGUGACGCACCUCGAGAUCGAGGACUGGGUCAAUGGACUGCUUGUUCCUCGGACCGACAAGUACCCGCGGCUCUCUUCCAUCAAGGAGGCCGUGGACCCGUGGGGUCUGUUGUGUGCGCAGAUGACGGCGGGUAGUGAACAGUGGUAUAUCACGGGCCAGGAGGACUACCUGACGAAGUAG